AUGUCCUCUUGGCGCUUGGCCUCGGCCUUGCCGCUGGCUCUUGCCACAUUCAAGGGCUUUGUAAAUCCACUUCAGCACUGGCAAGAGGGCGUGUUGAUGGUGCUCGGCGUCCCGCAUGCAGAACCUCAUGAGGAACUGGAGCUUGCGGUGGAGGACUUCCGAGAUCACAUGACCGAGUACGAAAAACGCCUCGGCGAUCUGCGGCGGUACCGCAACGUUGGACAUGGCGAAUGCCUCUACGACUUGGUAGAUACCCAGGAUAUCUGGCCCACACUUCAGAAGAUUGCAGAAGCAGGUUUCCCCAUAAUUGGGCAGUAUGUGAAUAUUGGAGCGCAUGAUGGCUUUACAGAUGAUCCACUUUAUAAUUACUCAUAUAGCAGCCAAGCCCUUGGAAUUGCAAUCGAGCGUGAUCCGGAACAAUGUGAACGUCACAAAGCGAACUUGCCGGAUGUUAAUGUUGUUUGCUCAGAGGUCACGCCUCAAAAUGUAUUGCCACUGGUUCGCCAAGGGCUGCAGGGACAGGACAUCGAUGUCCUCAAGAUCGACAUUGAUUCUUAUGAUUGUCCUGUCUUAGAGCGUAUUGCCCCCAAAGUGCGAGCAACAAUGAUCAUGGUUGAGACAAACCCUUCUAUUCCGCCGCCCUACCAAUGGGCCAUGCUCUAUGAUCCUGAUUUGUGGAACUUCUUUGAGUCCUUCCGCAAUCCUGUUGAGGUCCCCGUCCGGGGCUGCUCCUUGGCCUACGAAAUUCAAGUGCUCCGGCGCUACGGCUACGAUCUACUUGCAUUUGAUGGGCAUGACGCGAUCUUUACCCACGAGUCAGUGCGACGCGCGUUUCACCCACAUCAGCUGCCGGUGGACGAGUUUGACUGCUAUGCUCAUUCACUCAUCGUGGCUAAUGGGAUCCCAAUAAACCUAACCAGGCGAUGGUUCUUCAAAGAGAGCGACGUGCACAAGACUUUGCCAGAGAUAUGGCGUUUCUUUGUUGAUUGGAUGGCUGCCAAUUCACCAAUUCUUUUUCCAUUCGCCUUGCGAGUGUGA